AUGACAGCUUCGAUGAUGUUGAUGUGCUUAAUUGCACUUUGGUUUUCCCCAGCCAAGGGUGUUACGAGUGCAGACCACUGUGCUCCUGCCUCAUCCAACAGAAUGCUGCUGCAAAAGUCGGUGGCCAAGGGUGAACUUGCGAGCGCUGCAGCGUUCAAUUGGAAGUUGGCCGGUCCGGGUGAAUCAUGCGACGUUGGCUGCGCAAGCUAUGGGAUGUUCUGCCAUGGCUCGCAGAUCUUUUCCGUGGACAGCUCUGAGCAGGUGAUUGCUGCUGCCCAGGAAGCGGGGCAGACGUGCAAUGGCACAGCAGGCUGGGGCUAUGAGAACAUGCCUGCUAUUUGCAGCGAUGCGUCGUGUUGUGGUGGCAACUGUGUCGGCAUUUGCGCGUAUGGCAUCCAAUUGACCAACAGCUGUGGUGGAAGCGCCGGGGGAAGCUAUUCUCGGCUCUGCCCAUGUGGUACUGAGGCAGAAGUCACCACGACCACAACUACACCGCCCACAGUCAUCGUGGCAAAGCCAAAACCUCCAGGCUUUGAACGAAGCCUGUUUUUGCUGCCCAAAGCUGAGCCCAUGCUGAUGCUGGCAACGAUCCCUGCGGCCUCUAAGACGGGGAACAAGGAGCCUGCCAUCCUCAGUGGAAUUUCGGAUGCUGCUGCCCAAGAUUUUGUGACCAGUUUCCAACCUGAGACCAGCUUCAUGGUUGGCGCAGCUGAACCAAUUCCUGGUCUCAACACUGUCCAAUUGGAGGCGGCAAGUCCAUGUUCAGCAUCAGUGGUACUGGCGAAGCGCUUUUGGCCGGAGACUUCCAAGGUGGUGGUGGCGAAAUGUGACGACUAUGCAGCGAUCCACCAGAUGCAUCAGGCGAGGAGGAACCAGCGGAGGAAGCAGCGGAGGGAGCAGGACUGCGCCGAGGAUGUCACGUUGAAGCAGGGAAAGAGUGAAAUGAACCACCGCAGAUGCACUUGUGGAUUUUAG